AUGGAACAUGCAAUGGACAGAAAUAUUCGUCUUCUAUUCGGUGGCGAUGAAUUCCUAAAACCAGGACAAAUGAGAUUGUUUUUCUCUUGUAUCAAAUCCCAACGUCAAAAGCAACUGCAAAAAGUCGUCGGAUGUGACGAAGAAGAUGAAGAUGAACUCAAGGAUGGUCAGGCCGUCGAGGAGGUGUUUGAAAAACGACAAUUAAAAAGCACGAAACAGCUUUGUAAUCCAAAACAUUCUGAUCCGCCGAAACGUUUCGGAUUUUCAACACCACAACUCGAUAAAAAGAAACGUUCAUCAUCAUCAUCAUCAAAAACAAAAAACAAACGCACAAAAAUUCGAUGA